CUCCCGCUCCCGGUGCCGCUCCCGCUGCUGCUCCCGCUGCUGCUCCCGGUGCUCCUGGCGGCGGCCGCGGCCGCGCGGCUCUACCGGCCCGGCCACGACCCGCUGACCGUGCUGACGGCCGGCUCGGUGCGGCCGGCGCUGCUCAACUCCUCGACCGCCUGGGUGGUGCAGUUCUACAGCUCGUCCUGCGGCCACUGCAUCGCCUUCGCUCCCACCUGGCGGGCGCUGGCGGGGGACGUCAAAGACUGGGAAUCUGCAAUUAGACUUGGUGUGCUGGACUGUGGGGAAGAGGAGAACUAUGAGACCUGCAAGGACUAUGGUAUUCACUUUUACCCAUCCUUUAGGUACUUCAAAGCAUUUACAAAGCAGUUUACUACUGGAGAAGACUACCAAGGAGGAGCAGAUCGAGAGCCACAAACAGUCCGUCAGAAGAUGAUUGACUUCCUCCAGAACCAUUCCCAGGAGGUCAGACCACCUGCUUGCCCACCCCUGGACCCAGUUUGGUCCAGUGAUAUUACUUCUCUUUUUGACAAGAACAGCCACCAUUACACUGCAAUUGUGUUUGAAAGCAACAGCUCCUACCUGGGACGAGAGGUUAUCUUAGACUUGAGCCAGUAUGAAAACCUCGUGGUGAGAAGGGCCUUGAAUUCUGACAAGGCUUUGCUGGAGAAACUGGGUGUUCCCUCAGUCCCCUCGUGCUACUUGAUCCACCCAAAUGGGUCCCAUGGCUUAAUUAACAAUUUGAAGCCUCUACGGUCUUUCUUUUCUUCAUAUUUAAAGUCACUGCCAGGUGUAAGAAAAAAGCUCCUUUUGCCACUCCAGCUGCCAGCUCAAGAAGACAAAGAGGAGGGCACAGAAAUCAAGGUGUGGAAAGAGUUUGAUAAGACCAAGCUGUACAUGGCUGACCUUGAGUCGGGAUUGCAUUUCCUGCUCAGGGUGGAACUCGCCACGCACAAGACACUUGAGGGAGCUGAGCUCAGGACCUUCAAGGAUUUUGUCACCAUCUCUGCCAAGCUUUUUCCUGGCCGACAGCCUGUGGUAAAGUUGUUAGAGACCUUGCAAGAGUGGCUGGUGAGCCUUCCAUUAGACAAAAUCCCUUAUGAUGCUAUUCUGGAUCUGGUCAACAACAAAAUGCGGAUUUCUGGCAUAUCUCUCACUAAGAAGGUUCAGUGGGUUGGCUGCCAGGGCAGCAGACCAGAGCUGAGAGGUUACAGCUGCUCCCUUUGGAAGCUGUUCCACACCCUCACUGUUCAAGCUGCACUGAGACCAAAAGCCUUGAUAAAUACAGGUCUGGAGGACAAUCCCCAAAUUGUGCUGCAGGUCAUGAGGAGGUACAUCCAGCACUUCUUUGGGUGCAAGGCUUGUGCUCAGCACUUUGAAGAAAUGGCCAAAGAGUCCCUGGAUUCCGUGAAAACCUUGGACAGGGCUGUCCUGUGGCUCUGGGAGAAGCACAACGUGGUGAACAACAGGCUGGCAGGUGAUUUGACUGAAGAUCCAAAAUUUCCCAAAGUUCAGUGGCCGACUCCAGACAUUUGUCCUGCAUGUCAUGAGGAGAUCAAAGGACUGCACAGCUGGAAUGAAGAGCAAGUCCUGCAGUUCCUGAAAUCCCACUACAACAGUGACAAUAUCCUCUACAAAUACACCGAGAGCCAGACUGACUCCAGUGACCCCGAGCAGGGAGACACCAGGGAGGGGAAGGACAAAAACCUGCUGAAGAAUCCAGGGGGAAACAGAGAAAAUAAGCUCCAGGAUAAGGAAAACUCAGUAGAUUCGGGCUCUAAGGGGUUAGAGAAGCCCGGGGGGAAUCCCGGAGCUGUCCAAGGUAGCGGGAAAAACUCGGGGGCAUCAGUGAACCUCAGAGAGGUCAGGCAGGCUGUGUCCUUCCUGGGGAUUGGCUUUUCCAACAUAGACAUGAGUCUCUGUGUCAUCCUCUAUGUCGCCUCCUCCUUGUUUUUGAUGAUCAUGUACUUUUUUUUCAGGAUGAGGUCCAAGAGGUGGAAGGUGAAGUAUUACCGGCCCUCGGUGUAGGGGUUCUCCGUGUUCGUGGCUGUUCCCAGACACAGCUUUAAUCUUUUAUGAUCAGGGAUUUUAUACACAGUAUUCCUUUGUCCCGAGGCAUUCCCAGGUGUUGGAUGUGAGGAGCUGGCUGUGAGAAGCCGUGGCACACGUGGCUGUGCUCUGGAGGGAGCGUUGCAUGUGUCAGGGCAGGUUUUUCCAUGACUUACCACCGACAUCCUUUACUCAUUUUCGGAGUAAACAUUGCAUUAUGCAAUCCACUGUGCCUGCUGGGGGAGGAAAUUGGAUAUUGUUUUGUGUACUUCAAGUCAGGUGUUAUUUUUUUUUUUUUAGUUUACCCAGAGCUGGUUUCACCUCCCCGAGUGCUGAACAGUUCCAGUGGUACUUUGGCUGCUUCCUUUGGAGGAGCAAGAAUUCUGAGGAGUUUGUUGGUUUGGGUUUUUUUUUUCAGGAAACGAGUUUCAUUCUGAUUAAACCAUUUCUAAACCUCUGUGA